AUGCUACCACCAAACACUAGCAAAACAACAGCACACAAUGCUAAGCAAAACACAACCAAUAAAUUUCAGUUAAUCAAGUUGCAGUACGGUGAGCGUGCAGAGCCGCUUUCUUUUUCCGUUCUUCGAGAUGCUGAAAUCUUGGCGCGUCGCUUUUGCGGUGGUUGCGGCUUGGUGCGUGGUUGUCAAGGGGGAUGAACGGUACGAGAUUUUUCCGCCCUUGCCGGUGCAGGUGAUCCGGUCUCAGAAUAGUGUUUGCAGGGAACAGAGCAGGGUGUACGUGGAGAAUUUAAAGAAUAAGACGCUGUGGGCUUAUGAAAUGCACGAUGCUUCAGCAAAUGCUGUACACGGUAUUCUUAGAGGCAGCAUUUCACAAUUCGGCCAGUUCGAACAAUGUAUAUCAUCAAAAGGACCAUUCCUAAAGCAAUACUGUUUGGCAGCUGUGACAGCCAACGUACCAAAACCAAAUCCACCAAGAGACCCAAAAUCCCUGGAUUUCAGCCCAUACGAAAGCGUAUUAAGUAAAGUAUACGACUCCAAAGAUCCUUCCCAGCAACCCAAAAACUUUGUAUUUUUGGCAUGGUGUGUUCCAGCUUCGUGUACUCCAACAGACUUACAGAAUCAUCUGAAUAAUUACUAUGAAACAGUAGAUUUUCCGAUGAGACAUGAAAAUGUUACAUACAAAGCAAGUCUGGGAGAACUAAGUUGUCAAAAUGAGUUGGAAAAUCAGUAUUAUGAUUAUGCUGACAUAUCUUUUUGUUUGAUUGUUGGAAUAAUAUUUAUCUUCGUGAUAUUCUCCACAUCAUUUGGAUGUUAUCAUUACACAAGAACAAGAAAAUCAUCUGAAAUUUCUCCUUUAACAAAGUUGGGUUUGGCUUUUUGCGUAAGAAAAAACUUUCAAAAACUAUUCACUUCUGAAGGGUCAAAUCCAGCUCUUAAUAUUCUAUAUGGAAUGAGAGUUUUCUGUAUUUGUAUGAUUAUUAUUGAUCAUAGAUUUGGUACACAUUUAUCAUCAGGAGUUUUAAAUUUUGAUUUGGUGGAACAGCAAUAUAGAGCUGCUUUUGGAACUAUAUUUUUUCACGGAGAUCUUUUUGUGGACUCAUUUUUCAUACUAAGUGGUCUACUGGUUACAUACUCUUUACUUUGCCAAUUCGAGAAAAGGUUCUUGAAUCCUGGAUUCAUAAUUUUUAUGAGAUACAUUAGGUUGACACCAGUCUACGCUUUCGUAGUUUUUUACUCAGCAACACUAUUUAACUAUGCUGCAUUUGGUCCUAUGUGGAAAACAAUAAUAGGCCCUGAAGUAACCGAUUGUAGAACAAAUUGGUGGACUAACUUACUCUACAUUAGCAAUUAUGUAAAUGCUGAACAUAUGUGUAUGGUUCAUUCUUGGUACCUCCCCUGCGACUUCCACUACUUCAUCGUGGCAAUUUUAAUUUGUUCAACAAUACACAGAAACAAACGUAUAGGAUUAAUAUUGCUUGGUCUAGUAACAUUUGCUUCUGUCUUGGUCCCAUUUUUAAUUGGUUAUAUCUAUGAAAGACCUGCUGUUUUAUUCUUUUAUCCAGAGUUUAUAAGGGCGCCUAAAACUCAUCCAGAUUUCUUAUUGACUUACUCUAAAUCACAUGCUAGAUCUUCACCAUACUUUGUAGGAAUGAUAGCUGGAUAUAUUUACUUUAAGAUGAAGGACUCUACUAGCAAAAAGAAAAUGAGCAGGAUGGUUUCUUCACUAUUCAUCAUUUCAUCCUUGGCAAUAAUGAUAGCUUCUAUUGUGACAGGAGUAAUCUUCUAUGAUCCCUACUACAAAUACAAUGCAUUGGAAUCAGCUUUAUACGCUGCUCUACACAGAACAAUAUGGUCGGUAGGUAGCAUUGGUAUGUUAUACACGGCUAGCUUUGGUUACUCAGGAAUAAUCAAGAGGUUCUUGUCUUGGUCCCCAUGGAUACCUAUUAGUAAAUUGGUUUAUGGAGCCUACUUGACUCACAUGCAGUUCCAAAUGAGAUCGCUUGGUAAGAAAGGUGGUGCUGAUGUAGUCACCUACUUUGAUAUAAUAAGUUUGGGUCUAUCAGACAUAGUUUUGGCUUUUGGAACAUCUUUAAUUCUCUACCUUACUGUUGAGGCACCAGUGAGAAACAUAUUCGCUAUAAUGUUGAGCUCACCAAAACGAAACAAUAAGGAUUCUAAAUCAGAUGAAAGCGUUAGUGAAGUUACUUGUGAUAGCCACUUGUAGGGAUGUAAAAAGAACACUGUGAGUUUUUGAAACUUUUUUCCAAAUACAAUGGAAUGGCGCUACUACACUUAAUUUUUGUAAAAAAGCAUUUUGGCUGAUUUUUUGCCAUGUUUUAAAUUUUGGCCUGAGUCCUAUGCGUCAAAGUCUGUCGCUUGCACAGUGGAAUUAGAGUAAAGAGUAGGGAGAUGGAGCAAUUUCUUUAGUCUUAGGUAGAAAAGUGUUUUUUUUUUACUUUUA